AUGGCAGCAGCAGCGCGGCUACGGCGGAAGAAGUUCGCCGAUGCCACGGACGACAUAGACGACGUGUGUCUGUACGACAUUGAGUUCAGUGGCAGUGGACCCAUUGGCAUCCAGUUCGAAACAGACUUUUACGGAAACCACGCCAUCGUCAAGGCGGUCGUUGCCGGAGGUGCCGCGAGCAAGGUCAUCGCACAGCAGGACAAACCCACGUGCAUCGUACAAGCAGGUCAUAUGGUGGUGGCAGUCAACGGGAAGGACGUGUCCAACGAGUCCUUCCGAGCGGUGAUGGAGUCCAUCAAGGCCACGACAGGAACCUCGUCGCGCAUCCUCCGAUUCCUAGAUCCUACCGUGCUGGCCUUGGACCAAAUGAACCACCACGCGACGGACGCACUCUUGAAUCGCGACAACUACGGAUUUGCCAAGCACGACGACUACAUCCUCCAAUACCGCAAGCAAUUGCGAGCGAAAAAGGCCCAGCCCAACCAUUAUGCAGUCGAGACAGCGUGGGCCAAGUUCUUGCAGGCCCAUGGCGGGUUGGAUGCUCUUGAUGCCAAAUACAAUCGAAGUGACGCUAGUACGCGCACCCAAAUACAAAUACUAUUGGAGCCAUUGGUAUUGACAGGCAUCCCCACUGCAUUCCGAGCAUCCAUAUGGGGCAUCUUAACCAAUGUUCGGGGGUAUCAAGCCAACUAUCCAUCCACGUACUACGCUGAUUUGCUCCAAGGCGACUUACGGACCAGUAUGGUUGAUGAUAUUGACAAGGACGUUGGCAGGACUUAUCCUGAACACGCCUACUUCCAGCAAGCUAAGGGAAGGCAAGAGCUCACGAACGUGUUGGUCGCGUACUCGAUACACAAUACAGAAGUGGGAUAUUGCCAGUCGAUGAACUUUUUGGUGGGCAUUCUGCUGCUCUUUCACAGCGAAGCGGAUGCAUUUUGGCUGCUCUGCGUUCUCAUGGACCAGUACUUGCCCACGGAAAACUACUCCCGAUCAAUGUUGGGGUCGCAGGUUGACCAAGUAGUGUUCAAACGUCUCGUCACUUUGCACUUGCCUGACGUGGCACGCACGCUGGACGCCGCGGGCAUGUCGAUUGAGUUAGUGACAUUGCAGUGGUUUCUCUGUGUAUUUGUAUGCACAUUGCCCCUGGACACAGCGUUGCGGGUUUGGGAUUACAUGUUUUUACAAGGCGAAGAAGUGUUGUUUGCAGUGGCGUUGGGUAUCCUCAAGGCAGCACAAGCCAAGAUCAUGGCGGCGUCGGCAUCGCAUUCCGCGCUGUUUAUGAUCGUGCGGGAGCUUGGAAUGGAUUUGCACGAUGCAGAUGCCUUCAUGGAGGAGGUGGUCACGUUUAGCUCGCCGAGGAGAACGACGGACGAAGAGCAAGUCCAAAGCAACAAGCAAAACAAUCCAUUGCAAGCAUUGCUGCAAUCGUUUCACGCGUUCUCGAACAAGCUGCACAAGCACUCGGAUCAGGACGAUGAUGCCACCAACCUGUUCACUUACAAAGACAUUCAACGGUUAACGAGGAAAAGUGGGUACUGA